GCUCAGUGUUUUGGAGUGCUGGGAGGAGCAGUAGACAUUCAGCUAAUGGACCUGUCAGAAAUCUUCAGAUUCUCCUGGAAAAUUAAUAACUCUGUGAUACUCAUUUGGAAGAAUAACAGAGUUGUUACUCCAAAGGACGACAGAAUUCCCUUUUUUCCCAGUAAUACAACAGUCAGGAUCAAAGACCUGAGAAGGACUGACAGCGGUGAAUAUAAACUUGAAAUGUUUGAYAGAGAUGGAAAUAACAUMGGAUGGAGAACUCUGCAACUAUUUGUUAUAGCUCCUGUGUCCUCAGUCCAGCUGAUCCAUGAGUGUUUCUCUCAAGGACAGAUGAAGGUGUCCUGUGUGUCUCAAGGUGACAGUCCUCAGUACAGCUGGACUCUGGAUGGACACACACUGACCGACUCUGAGCUCUUCUCUAGAAAUACUGAGAMCAACAUCAUCGUUCUGAGACAAAACAUCUCAGGACAUCUGAUCUGCUCAGUCAGGAAUGAAGUCAGUAACUCCUCCGCAGGAAUGAACUUACCUGGCUGUGAGAUGAAAACUUUCUGUGAUGGCAGACAGAAUGGAGCUCAGUGUUUUGGAGUGCUGGGAGGAGCAGUAGACAUUCAGCUAAUGGACCUGUCAGAAAUCUUCAGAUUCUCCUGGAAAACUAAUAACUCUGUGAUACUCCGCUGGAUUAAUGACAAACUUGUUACUCCAAAGGACGACAAAAUUCCCUUUUUUCCCAGUAAUGGAACAGUCAGGAUCAAAGACCUGAGAAGGACUGACAGCGGUGAAUAUAAACUUGAAAUGUUUGAUAGAAAUGGAUUUAACAUCGGAUGGAGAACUCUGCAACUAUUUGUUAUAGCUCCUGUGUCCUCAGUCCAGCUGGUCCAUGAGUGUUUCUCUCAGUUAGAAAUGAAGGUGUCCUGUGUGUCUCAAGGUGACAGUCCUCAGUACAGCUGGACUCUGAAUGGACACACACUGACAGACUCUGAGCUCUUCUCUAGAAAUACUGAGACCAACAUCAUCUUUCUGAGACAAAACAUCUCAGGACAUCUGAUCUGCUCAGUCAGGAAUGAAGUCAGUAACUCCUCCGAAGGAAUGAACUUAACUGGCUGUGCAGGUCUGUCCUCCUGGCUCACUUUGGGAUUGCGUACUAUUGCUGUGGCUCUUCCUCUAAUUGGCCUUUGUCUCUACUUCACUUGGAAGCAAAAGAAAUAUGAAAAAGCCAAAUCCUCUGCCAUCCCAUCCACAGAGGAGAAUCCAGAGAACUCUGUUCUGAUGGUUCAGCUGAGCUCUGCACCUUAGAUGGAUGACAUCAUGACUGCAAUUUGUACAAAUUCAACAUAAACUCACAAAUAUAAACAUGUAAAUAGUUCUGGGAUUGGCUGCCAUGUUUCAUGAGUGUUUUAUUGUGCAACAUUCCAAGGUGUCAUUUUUCAAUUAUAUUAAAGUGAAAGAUUUAGUUUAAUUUCUUUCUUGUGUUAUAUAUUGUAAACAUUCUGUCUCUAGAGGUUAAGCAUGUUUUUCUUUAUGUAUUUUCCAAUUUUAUUGUACUUUCAAUGAAUUAGCAUUGGUGCAAUGGUGUGAAAAGUGUUUGUCCACUUCCUGAUUUUAUGUUUUUUAUUCGCAUGUUUCUCACACUUAACUGAGACAAACUUACAGCUAAGAAUGUCUUACAUGUGUUGGAACCACUGCUGGUUUAGUAGUCGUACAAAACCAUCAGAGGAAAAUAUAAACUCCACAAAAAUGGUGCCAGCUAAAAUGUGAUAAAAGAACCUUGUAGCCUCAGAGAAAAUGGUUAACCGAAGCUGAUUUUCUUUUUCUUGAUGCUUCUUGGCUACUGGGACUUUUCAAAUGUUUAUACAAUAAUUAAGCUACAUGUUACAGGAAUCUAGAUUUUUAGACUUACGCAACUUUUACUCCCUUCGAGAACUAAAGCAGCUUUAACCCUCUUUUUAAUAAACAAAAGCACCCGAAAAUAUGGUGACAAUGUUUCACUAAACUUUGCUAGCUUUUCAGAACAUAUUGUGGGACUUUCAUAAUAUGCAAGUAUCUUUUUUUCUUGCAAAUGUUGGUGAUGGCUUCCUGUUCUCUCAGUUUGUCUCUUUUCUGCUGUAAUAUCUGGCAUCUGUAACUCAGCAACCUUUGGAAACCCAAUCAACUCACAGCUUUAUCAACAACUCAGUAUAUUCAUUACAAUGAUAUUUCAGUUAUUCUUUUUGAAUGAAAAAAUGUACGUUUUCUGUAAAAGAACCCACAUUAAUAAAGCUCCCGCAAGAGGAUCUCAAGUAUCAACCUCAAAUUGGAGAAAACACUCAUUCAGGACUAGAACCAUUUAUUAUUCUCCCAUUCUCAAGUCUUUGUGACAACCAGCUGCAAGUGUUUUUGUAUUGGACAUCUGUUCUGACAAAAAAAAGUCCAAUAUUGUGUUAUAUUAGUUAUACUGAUUUCAUUUAAUGAUGUCACUGAUUAUAAAACUCUAUUGACGUCAUUAGUAAACUCAUCAUUUUUAGAUUUUCAUUGCUUGGUUUUCUUACAAUUAAAGACAAUCGAUUCCUGUAACCUGAA